UGUACCCCUUCCUCCCCUCCACCCUCUCCUCAGCCUUAGCCAUGGCCGAGGCAGGGUCCGGGAUGAGUGAGACCGUCACUGAGACAACGGUUACCGUGACAACUGAGCCCGAGAACCGGAGCCUAACGAUCAAACUUCGGAAACGGAAGCCAGAGAAAAAGGUGGAAUGGACGAGUGACACUGUGGACAACGAGCACAUGGGGCGCCGCUCAUCAAAAUGCUGCUGUAUUUAUGAGAAACCUCGGGCCUUUGGCGAGAGCUCCACGGAGAGUGAUGAGGAGGAAGAGGAGGGCUGUGGUCAUACACACUGUGUCCGGGGCCACCGCAAAGGACGGCGUCAUACAUCCCAGGAACCAACCCCCACCACCCCUCCCCAGCCUCCUGACCCCUCUCAGCCCCCUCCAGGGCCAAUGCAGCACUAAAUUCCUCUCUCCCCCACCAUUCCAUUGUCUGCUUGGCCCUGAAUGUAUCCAUGUGGCUACUUGGGGACUAAACUCAUGGUUUGAUCCCUUCUCUAGUCCCCCUCCUUCCCUCUCCUCUGCCUGAUAGAGGGAAGAAGAAGAGGAGGGUGGACAGAGAUCCUGGAAUUCUGACUUGCUGCUAUACCAGAACCCGGGCUUCUGGGUUCCCCCAGCCCUGAUUUCUCUUCCCAAGACCCAUCCUCCCCUCCCCAGGGAUCUAGGCAUCUUGGUUCUAGUCCCCUCCCUUUGUUCUCACUGCCAAACAGCCUGUCCUGGGAUCCAGUUAUCUCAGUCCCCUGCACUCUACUUGAGUCCCAAACACUUAAACUGGGCUUCCAACAGCCCCAGCUUUCACUGCCAGGGUCCCAGUCAGAUUCCAGGCAAUCUUGCCCCAGCUAUGCCCAUUAAUCCUGGCUUAGAGCUCUUCCACUAAUGUAUUUACACAGUCCUAACUCUUAGUCCUCACCUGUGGGAUGUGAGGUUUCAUGGAAGACCUCAGGGCUCCCAGCCCUACCUCUCCUCCCCUUCUGACCACUCCCUCAUUCUGUCUAGAGGAGUUAGGAGAGAGAGGUCUUUGUCAUUCUCAUCUGUAAUGGAAAAUGGAGCAAGAAAUAGUCGUGUUCUUUCUCAGAGAUCUAGGAUUCAUGAAAGAACUGGCUCUGCAACUGGCCAGUUAGAAUCGUCUCCUCAGCAUCGGUCUUCCAGCUUCUGAGACAGAUCCAACAUAGUCCCAGGGGCCUAGGUCCCUAGAGGAGGGAGGGAAAGGCGGGAGCUGAGAGAUGGGGGUGUGUGCCUCACACUCUUACCCCUUCCUUGUUAGGCUUUAAUGCCUCUGCCAGCCCAGAUGUCCAAUUCUCUUGGUCCUCUCCACCCCUUACUGGGAUCUGAGUAUCACUUCUCAUGCCUCUUGACAUGCACGGUUGCAGAGAUCAAUCAAAUCCAUACCACCAGAGAUCUCAUUUAUUG